AUGGAUACAAAUGGAUUAGAAUUUAAUGAGUAAGUAAAUUUGUUAAGAUCACCACCAAACUUCGAAUUCGCAGAGAAUCAUCGAAAAGCUUAAAUUAUUCAUAAAGAAAUUCUAAGAAAUUCAAAAAGAUGUCCUUGUUGCAAUUAACCCAUUUAAACUAUAAAUUACCCCCUCUCAACUGAUAUAGAUAUAUUUAUUGCACAUGGUACCGCCUACAAAUACUUUUUGAUGAUACAAAUUUAAUUUAUCCUUCUAACUAUAAAUUUUAUUGUUGCUGGAAUAUACAAUUUGAUCUAGAACUAAAAAGGAUAUUCAUGCAUGAACAAUGAAACCUGUAAAAAAACUCUUAACAAUUAUUUAUCAAUUUUAAAUAGGAUGGAUUCUGACUAGUAAUAUGCAGAUAACCUUUUGGACAGUUUAUACUUGGUCUCUAUUUUUAUCCAAUUAGCCUUCAUUCGAUAUCUAUCAUAUUCUGAAUAUGAUUAUCAUAAUUUAGAUCACGAAAUAGAUGAUGAAUCAGCAAUAAAAUCCUGCUCUAUGGAGAUUUUAUUUUUUCCAAGCGAAUCUAGCAAAAAACAAAUAAUGAAUUAUUUUGUAAACCAGUAAUUAGAAGGGGAAGGAGUGUAGUUUAACAUUAUUGAUUGUUGUUUAAUUUAUGAUUAAGAGCAUUUAGAAAACUAAUUAAAAGUUAAAAUAAGGGAAAUUCUUGCUUAAAAUAGUGAUAUCUCUUUGAAAGAUGUUCUAAGAACAACUGUUGAUUAGAUUUUUGUUCUGCAAAAUCGAGAAUUAUUUUUGCAAUUUACUGGUAGAGUUUUUCUAACUCUCUCUAAUGAAGUAAAAAUCCUCUUGUCAUUAAUUUAAGAAUUAGGCCAUUAAAUUUAAAAACAAAAUCAGGAGAAAUUGUUCAAUAACUGA